GUGGGAACCAGUUGAGACAAAAAAGAUGGCGGCACCCAUGAGACGAUUUCUUUGCUCUGCUGCCGUUGUUUUUAUGUGGUUUGCUUUGCCAUGCUUUACAUUACAGCAGGAUCAAAAUGUUGAAAGCUUCUUCAAGAGUGGGCACACAAACAACUGGGCUGUUCUGGUGUGCACGUCGCGCUUCUGGUUCAACUAUCGACAUGUCGCCAACACCCUGUCCAUCUAUCGCAGUGUGAAGCGACUGGGCAUACCGGACAGCCAGAUCAUCCUCAUGUUGGCUGAUGACAUGGCCUGUAAUGCACGCAACCCAAGACCUGCAACUGUGUUCAACAAUGCCAAUCAGCACAUCAAUGUAUAUGGAGACGACGUAGAAGUGGACUAUAGGGGUUAUGAGGUCACAGUGGAGAAUUUCAUCCGUGUCUUGACCGGCCGCCUGCCCCCUGGAACGCCGCGCUCCAAGCGUUUGAUGACCGAUGACCGCAGCAACAUCCUGGUCUACAUGACCGGCCACGGCGGCGACGGCUUCCUGAAAUUCCAAGAUGCGGAGGAGAUCUCCAACGUGGAGCUGGCCCACGCCUUCCAGCAGAUGUGGCAGAAGAAGAGGUAUCAUGAGGUGCUAUACAUCAUCGACACCUGCCAGGCAGUGUCUAUGUACCAGCUCUUCUAUUCUCCUAAUAUCCUCGCAGUGGGCUCCAGUCAGGUCGGGGAAGACUCACUCUCUCAUCAUGUAGACCCAGCUAUAGGUGUGUACAUCAUCGAUCGGUACACUUACUACGCCCUGGAAUUCUUGGAGAAAAUUACACCGACCAGCAAGAAAACAAUGGCAGAUUUUUUCCAAGUGUGUCCGCAGCACGUCUGUCGCUCCACCCCGGGCGUACGCACCGACCUCUUCCGGCGCGACGUCGCCAAGGUUCCCAUCACAGACUUCUUCGGGAGCGUCCGCAACGUGGAGCUCUCGCUGACGACGGUCCCACUCAGCAAUGAGACGGAGAGCACAGAGGGCGGUGCGCAGGUCCAGAAGCAGGGGGAGGAAGAGGGUAGGAAGGAACAGCCCAAGCGCUACGGGUUUGUUGACCAGUUUCCAGCCAUGGCAGAAACAAGAGAAAAGGAGACGUCCGUGUCAAAGGUCAAGUUUUCCAGUCAGUUUCUGGUAGCAAGCAGUGCCUUCCUUGCUUUGGUUGCCAUCAUUAUCUUUGGCCGGAUCGCAUCGUGACCCUAGAUUUGAAUACUAUGUAUUGGCAAUAGGGAAUGGGAUCUUUUUUCCCCAUUAUUUCAAUGAGAAUGGUUGGUUUCUUUUUUUUUAGGG